AUGAAUCUGGAGGCAACAACAAUGGGACAAAAACAUGGCGUUGAAUCAAGAGUCGAAGCCAGAGGCGGUGGCCGUGGCGGAGGAGAGAUCAUCUCCGGUCCGUCGCCGUUCGAUUCAUUGCCGGAAGAUUGCAUCUCCAACAUAAUCUCCUUCACGAGUCCACGAGACGCGUGCGUCGCAGCUUCCGUCUCGAAAACAUUUGAAUCGGCGGUUAAUAACGAUUGCGUGUGGGAGAAGUUUCUUCCGCUUGACUAUGCGUCUCUGAUUCCUCAAUCUCGAGUUUUCUCAUCGAAGAAGGAGCUUUAUAUCUUCCUCUGCGAUGAUCCUCGUCUCAUCGAAGAUGGUAAAAAGAGCUUUUGGUUAGAGAAAGCAAGUGGAAAAAAAUGUAUAAUGGUGUCUUCGAAAGAAGUGUGGAUCACAUGGGGAAGUAGUCCACAAUAUUGGCAAUGGAUUACAAUUCCUGAAUCAAGGUUUGAGAAAAUAGCAGAGCUUCUGAAUGUGUGUUGGUUUGAGGUUCGAGCCGGGUUGCAUACACGUUACCUAUCUCCCAAAACUCGUUACUCGGUCUACAUUGUGUUCAAGACCAAGAACGGAUGUCCCGGUUUAGGUGAUAUACCGGUUGAAGUUGGCGUUGGAUUGGUGGGGCAAGAGUCUUCUCAGAAGCUGAUUUACUUUGUUGGGCCUAUGGAUCGAAGGAGAGAUAGAGAAAGGAGAGAUGUGACGAGACCUGAGGAGAGACGAGAUGGGUGGAUGGAAGCUGAGCUUGGUGAGUUCUACAAUGAAGCAUGUUGUGAUGAUACUUCGGUGAGUGUUGUUGAGAUCAAGUCUCCUUAUUGGAAACGUGGUUUGAUCAUUCAAGGGUUUGAAUUUCGUCCAACGAAGAAUCAGUAA